UCCACCCAGUACUUCACAGAAUAAAAUCACGCCACUUCAGUUUCAGUUCUCCAGCAACUCCCUCGUCUCUCUCACCUUGCAUUUUUGCCAAAUCUUUUCCCCAAAUGGAUCGUCAGGUUGUCUUUGUUAUGGCUCUGGUGGAAGUUGUGUUGGAAAGGGAGAGACAGAAGAAAAGGCUGAUGGAAGAGUCGCUAAGGGCUCAAAUAGUUGCACUUCAGGAGAAGCGGAGGAAGCAUUCCGUGCUUGUGAGAAAAAAGAAGCGCAUGCUUGAAAAGCAAGCCGCCGAGAAAAAAUUGGUUGAUGAUUUCAUGGUUCUCGUUGGAGCAAUGGAGAAUAACGAUCUCGAGACUGCCCAGAAUUUUGAUGCAAAAGCAAUGAUGAAUACUAUUGCAACUAUGAUGAACACUAAUGGCAGAGACGGGGAAGUAUUUGCCAGCGAUUACGGAGACAAUAAAGUUUCCGAAAUCAAUCUGGAUCUUCGAGAACAAGCUAUGAUGGAUGCAAUUGUAGCUUUGGUGAACAGUGUAGGCAGUUGUGGCGGCGACAAUGGAGGAUUUUCCGGCGAUCAUGGAUUAGGAGGAACUAAUAACGCCCCUGAGAAAACCCAGAACCUUGGUGAAGAAGCUAUGGCGGCCGUUAUUGGGGAAACAAAGUGUGACGGCAGUGAAGUCAGCAACGCUGGUGGACAUGGCGGCAGUUGUGGCGGCGACGAUGGAGGAUUUGCCGGCUAUCACGGAUUAGGAGGGACUAAUAACGCCCCUGACAACACCCAGAACCUUGGUGAGGAAGCAAGAAUGGCUGCUAUUGAGGGAACAAAGAGCGACGGAAGUGAAGUCAGCAACGCCGGUGGAUACGGCAGCAUCGGUGGGAAAGGCAGUAAAUAGAGUGAUGAUGGGUCCUGUUAGUUAUAUUUAGAUGCUUGGAAGGAGCCGGCUCCUUCACCAUUUCAUGAAUAUGACUUCCAAAGUUCGAGGAUCGGUUUACACGUGAAUGGUAGCAACAAUUAUAUUGAUAAAUAAUAGACAAAAAAAAUAAAAAAUAGGAACCAAAGUCAUACUGCAAAUUCAAUGUCCUGUUUUUGUAAUUAUUGACAACAUUGUUACUUGAUCAGUUUGUGUUCUGUAAUAAUAGGCUUAAAUCUAUAAAUUGCAAGUUGUUGCUUGUAUUAAUGAGACGGUGUUUGAUUGAGGAAUAAGCCACCUGCAACAUACAUUUUUAUUACCAACAUGAAGAGGGUGAUU